GCAGGCUCACAGAGCUCUCCGCCGUGCCCGAGUCUUGGCAUCCUGAGGGAGGUCUGGGAUCAGUGCUCGCUUUGCUGCGUCCCCGUUUCCCACGGCACACUGUAGGGUCUUCUGGGAAAGCCUGUCGUGGAAAGCCUGAAAUUUCACAGAAUCACAGACUUUUUAGGGUUGGAAAGGAGGUCUGGAGAUCAUCUAGUCCAAUCCCCUGCCAAGGCAGGGUCACCUAGAGCAGGUUCAGAUCUUCUGUUUUGAGACAGAAGUGAAAAUGGGAAAGUUACCAAAGCACAUUCCCACUCCCUCUAUGCAGAGCCACCAGGACGAGAUGCUGACAGCGUACCGCCACAAUCACGCGGUUAUUGUACCAAGGCGCGGGGCUGUAGCUGAGCUCGUUGCUGGAAGCGCUUCCCUUUCGGCGAGCGGUAACCGAGCUCCUCCCCCUGCGCCGAGCGGGGCCGGCGGCAGCGGCGGCGGCGGCGAUGGAGCCGGUGCUGGGCCCGGAGUUCGAGGAUUCCCUGUUCGCGCCCAGUCGGGAGCGCCGGGAGGGCGGCGGGGACGGGGCUGCGUGCGGGGCCAGGCGCUGCGAGCCCGGCUGGUUCCACAGCGCGGCUGACGCCGGGGAAGGCGCCGGCGGGAUCACGAGCAGCAAGUUCCGGGCGGACUGGGCGUUCCGGCAGCGGGACUUCGAGAAAGCCCUGUGUGAGUACUCACAGUGCCUGCUGCUCUUACCUGCCAGCAACGUUGCAAUGAGGCGCGAUGUCCAGGAGGGCCAGGCUCGCUGCUUAUCUCGCCUGGGGAGGCACAAGGAGGCUCUGGAUAUUGCAGAAAAAAUGAGAAACAGCGCCACUAACACAGAUCACUUAACCACGGUUCUCAACCUGCAGCUUUCCAUUUACCAGCGGCUGGAAAACGUAGAAAAAAAGAUGAUGUGUGUGCAGCAGCUGAUCUGCUUACAUCCUUUCAAUCCCUGGUUCUGGAAGUUACUUGCUGAAGCUUAUAUGAGCCUUCUACAGAAUUUGUCUCCAUUGGUCAUUACAGAAGCAAGCCUAAACCAGUCUGAAGAGGUUUGUGUAAGUAAUGGCUGUUUCCAGACACUGACUGGCAGAGAGAUUGAUCUGCAGCCUCACAGAUCAGAGGGCCAGCAGGAAGGCCCUUGGCUCAGCCCUGCUGCAGAAACCAAGGGGGAGAAUGCAGUGACUUGUCCCAGCAGCCAAGUAGUGAAAGAAUUCCUCUGCACUUCAGGAGAAAUGGAAUGGACAGACAGGGAGAAAUGUGCAGGCUCCAAGGCCUGGAAGCAGAGCGUGUUAAAGAAAGUUGGGAUAAAAGCAUGUGCCUCGUUUAUCAGAGCAAGGCUUUUACUUCAGCUUACCCAGUCACAACAGCUGUCCUUUGUGCUAGAGAAUAACAGAAAAUGUCAGAAAGAAAUUGAUGACAAAGUGGCUCUCCUUGGUUUUGAUGAAAGCUCCUUGCUGUUGAUGACCAAAGCUAUGGGGCAGGAUCUUAUACCAGAAAAACUAAAAGAGGAGUUUCAGGGUGAGGUAAAAUGCAUAGGCCCUUCAGCACUGUCAUCACUGGUAACUGCUUCAGUCAUGGAAUUUGAAAUCAAAUGGUUUGGUAAUCUCCAAGAUGAUUUAUGUCACUUAGAUGGACAAUUUUAUUCAGACAUGUAUCUCCCACCUUUGCUAACAUAGACAUUUUGUUGUAUUUAUUCUUGUAUCUCCAAAUUAUUAUGGCAUGAUACAUGCAAUAAAGUUCAUUUUACAUUUUUUAAGAAUUCUUACCAUAUUUCU